AUGUUUUGUUUAUCGCUAAUGAUCACCCUGUGUCUAAUUUGUAUAAGCUAACAACUUCAUUAAGAAAUCGCCGCAGUCUCCGCGCGCCUUCGGACCAAACCGCCAUUUAAGUUUACUUCUUUGCUCAAAGUUCAAACAUGGACUUCAACCAAUUAGAUAUGGAAAACCGGGAUCCCAAUGGGAUUAACGACCACUUGAAGACGGGGUUUGAUGACGUCUUGGCGGAAACCGAUGGCACCCACAGUCUAGAUUGCAUUUGGAAGGUGGCGUAUUGCUUUUUCCAUGGCUGUAAAGCCUUCUGGUACAACCUCUGCACACUCCUUUGCGGAUUCUUCAUCGCCUGUUUCUGGGGUAUUGAGUUUGCUGCUAUUGCCUUUGGUCACGUGUGGUGCAUCACGCCGUGUUUGCGUGUGGGUAUGAUCCAUUGCAACCUCUGCCAGAAAACUCUGGGUACCUGGGUGAACUGCUGCUUUGCACCGUGUUGCGAGGUCUUCGGUUUGAUCUUCUCGAACAUCAAAAUUGAGAAAAGGUGAUAUACAAAAACUGACUAAUGGUAUGUUAUGAAUUCUAAAUUACUAGAGAGGAAUCGGAAACUUUGACCAGGAAACCCUUUAUGUGGGAGGAGUCAUGUUGAGUUCUGUUCAGUUUGGAAUUCGUUUUGUUUGGACUGCAAUAGCUAUUCAUUUUUGUAAUCGCGUGAAGUUAACAAUGACUGUCCUUAAAUAAAUGUGGAGCAUACAUGUAAAGACUGCAGUUUGCUUUUAAAUAAAAUGGAAAAGAUUAAUGGUUAAA